UACAUUACCGAGACUGGGUUGUUGGACUACAACUCCCAGCACGUUGUGCCCUGCCUUUCUGGACACAAAGCGGAUGGGUAGGACUACAACUCCCUGCAUGCAAUGCUCCCUAGCCGGUGUAUUUCACUCGCCCUCCCUUGUCUCUCUACUGAGACAAGAGUCUUUGAAAGGGAGGGCAGCCAACAGACAGCAGCAAUGCUAAACUGCUUGGCGACCGUGUUGGGAUUAUUCAUCUGUGUUCUCCUUCUUCUGUUCAUGGCGGCUCCCUACAUCAGGAGAUACAUGGCAGGAGGGGUGUGUAAGUCAACAACUAAGCUGAAUGGGAAGGUGGUGGUGAUCACGGGGGCCAACGCAGGCAUUGGGAAGGAGACAGCCAGAGAUCUCGCACAAAGAGGUGCCAGGGUGAUCAUUGCCUGCAGAGACAUGGCAAAGGGGGAAGCAGCAGCCUGUGAGAUCCGAGCUGAGACAAGGAACCAACAAGUAAUUGUGAAGAAGCUGGAUCUGGCUGAUACCAAGUCUAUCCGAGAGUUUGCUGAGAACUUCCUGGCAGAGGAGAAGGCGCUACAUAUCCUCAUUAACAAUGCAGGUGUGAUGCUGUGCCCUUACUCCAAGACAGCUGAUGGCUUUGAGAUGCAUCUAGGAGUCAAUCACCUUGGUCACUUCCUCUUGACCUUCCUGCUGCUGGAGUGCCUGAAGCAGUCGGCCCCAGCCCGCAUAGUGAAUGUGUCCUCACUGGCUCAUCAUGCAGGCAGGAUCCGCUUCCAUGACCUCCAGGGUGAGAAGUGCUACAACUGGGGCCUUGCGUAUUGUCACAGUAAAUUGGCCAAUGUACUCUUCACCCGGGAGCUAGCUAGACGCCUACAAGGCACUGGAGUCACUGCAAACUCGCUGCAUCCCGGCUCUGUUCAUUCCGAAUUGGUCCGGCACUCGAGUCUAAUGACCCUGCUGUGGAAGAUAUUUUAUUUUUUCUUGAAGACUCCACGCGAAGGAGCCCAGACCAGCGUGUACUGUGCUGUGGCUGAGGAGCUGGAGUCUGUGACUGGACAGUAUUUCAGUGACUGCCGGCCAGCCUAUGUGUCACCUCAAGGCCGGAACGAUGAACUGGCAAAGAAGCUUUGGAAUGUCAGUUGCGAGCUGCUGGGCAUCCAGUGGGACUGAACUGUGGAAACCCCUGAGUUAGAGCGAGAUGAGCCUGGAUUUGAUGUUCUUAAGGAGCUCUUUGCUUGGGCAGAGGAACACAAGCAACCAUGCAGCCAACCCACUGCCUGGCACUUGCAGCAGCUUUACCAGUGAUUUUAUAGUCACAACUGCCCUUGAACUUCUGUGAUGUGUUUGUUUUAAAAGAGAAGGUGAGAUUAUUGCUCCACUCAUCCCCCUUUCCUAACUGGAGGCUCAGGGCAAAGUGCAGGGACUCAGGGCUUAUUCUUUCCCCUGCCAGCCUUCCAUUCCCAUUCAACAACACAGUCUUCCCCAGUAGAAGAGGAGGCUUUAGGUGAGUUAGGUUUCUAUACAGGACAAUUUAGAAAUUUUGCUUGAUGCUUAUGGGUCUUUGUGCAGCAGUAGUAACCAGACUGGUUGAUGAGGGUUUCCUUCAAUGUAUGCUCCACUGAGUCACUUGUCUCCGCUUCAUGGCUUGGGAGGGGAUCCUAAAGCUGCAGCAAGCCCCAGCUCAAAGGAGCAAGUCUCAGGUGAUCUGCAUGCUGAGGCCCCUCUUUCCCCUUGAGAUUGUUUAUCAGUUGUACUUCAGCAGCCCUUGUUGCCCCAACCAGGCUUGAGGGCCACUUUGUUCUAGGCACUGCAUAAACAGAAUAGAAGAGGGUACUUGUACUAAGCAAGCUCUGCCCUUAAGCAGAAGGGCACAGCUUCUGCAGCUCUUUGCGGCCUCAGUUG